CAGCCGAAAUAAUCUUUCUGAACUACGCGAUCUCGCGUAAAGUCUUGUAUCCACGAUGAUAGAAAUCGGUCCGAGAUCUCGGCAAGAGAAUUGACCAAUUGCAUUUGAAUAAUUCGGCCAAUUAAUCAAUACGAUUGGUCAAUUCUCUUUCCGUCCGAGAUAUCGCAUCGGACCGAUGACCGAUUUCUAGCAUCGUGAACAUAGGCCUGUAUAGAUUUGGCGAGUCUUCGUUGACACAUCGUCGAUGGCGGUGACGAUUGACAGCGCCGACAGCGGUUUUCAGUUUUCGGUCGCCGCCAGUCACGGCGAGAACGUUGUUUCGGUGUCGGGUUGUCGCGACGCGACGUGUGUGACGUACGGAAUUGUCGUGGCUCCGUAGAACAUCGUCGUCGUUGUCAUCAUCGUCGUUGCUGUAUUCCUGCCGCACGCAACAGAGAAACACGGCCGCGGAACAAUGGCGAUGGGCAAGAGUUUUCGCGUCUACGAAAAGCUAGACUCGCCUAAGCCGCACUCGGUCAUACUCGAGCAGCGAAGUCGCAAGGAGACGCUGCUCUUUGAGUCGCAAGCGGUUGCGAUUCUUUCUGUCGAGGAGCAUGAAUUCCUGAAGCCGAAAUAUACCAAAUUGCUAGACGCAUAUGGAUGUCUGGGUGUGCUGCAGCUGAAUGCAGGAGAAAAUACCUUGUUAUACCUCGUUCUGAUUACCGGAUGCUUCUCUAUUGGAAAGAUCGGCGAAUCAGAAAUCUUUCGGAUAACGCAGUCAAGUUUUGUACCCCUUUUCUACAGUCAGGGGAUGGAAGAUCGUGUGUCCGAAGUCAGGAAGGUCCUAAACUCUGGAACAUUUUACUUCUCCUGGUCUGCUGGACAGGAAUCGCUUGAUAUCACCUUAAGUGCUCAAAGAAGAUGCAAAUCAACGACUACAGAUAACAGAUUCUUUUGGAAUCGGAUGUUGCACAUUCAUUUAUUAAGAUAUGGUGUUGACACAGCCCAAUGGUUAUUGAAAGCGAUGUGUGGUAGUGUGGAGAUUAGAACUGUUUAUGUCGGACACAGACAAGCUCGAGCAGUUCUCAUGUCCAGAUUAAGUUGCGAACGUGCUGGUACUAGAUUCAAUGUUAGAGGAACCAACGAUGACGGACACGUGGCAAACUUUGUGGAGACAGAACAGGUGAUCUAUAUAGACAAUGAAGUGGCAUCUUACGUUCAAACGAGAGGCUCGGUACCGUUGUUUUGGGAACAACCCGGUAUACAAGUCGGUUCUCACAAGGUGAAGAUUUCACGUGGUUUUGAAACCUCCGCACCUGCCUUCGACAGACAUUUAGAGAUGAUCAAAAAGCGGUACGGCCAGCAAGUAAUCGUCAACCUCCUUGGCUCCAGUUUAAUUGGCAGCAAAGAAGGGGAAGCGAUGUUGAGUCAGUUGUUUCAAACCCAUCACAAUAUGUCAAAGCACAAGGACGUACCGCAUAUUCUAUUUGAUUAUCAUCAGGAAUGUCGCGGCGGAAACAUGAAAAAUCUAUCAAAGUUAAAGGCAAAGGUCGAAAAAUAUCUGGAGUCGUUCUCGCUCUUCUAUGCGGUCGGCAAUACUGUAAUCCUCGAGCAGACCGGCACGAUCAGGACAAAUUGUCUCGAUUGUUUGGACAGAACAAACUGCGUACAAACAUUCUUUGCACUCGAAAUGUUAGCUAAACAGAUGGGUCUAUUAAAGUUGAUGGAAAAGCAACAGAUGGUCUCGAGAUUCGAGGAGGUAUUCCGCCAAAUGUGGAUCAACAACGGCAAUGAGGUCAGCAAGAUAUAUGCGGGCACUGGUGCUAUUCAGGGCAGUUCUAAGCUUAUGGACGGAGCGAGAUCGGCAGCUAGAACGAUACAAAAUAAUUUACUAGAUUCCAAUAAGCAGGAGGCGAUCGAUAUUUUAUUGUUAGGCUCGACGUUAAAUACAGAAUUGGCUGACAGAGCACGUUUGUUGUUACCAUCCAACAUGUUACAUGCCGCACCAAAUCUUUUGCGGGAAAUGUGCAAGCGUUACAAUGAGUACGUAGAUACAAUGAACCUCAGGGUGAGCGUUGGUACUUACAAUGUUAAUGGUGGCAAGCAUUUUAGAAGCGUAGUUUAUAAGGAUGUAUCCUUGUCUGAUUGGUUAUUCGUUGGAUCAGGCAAAUCUUCAUCCUUGGUACACUUACAACAUGACGAUGUUCCUGUAGACAUAUUCGCGAUAGGAUUCGAAGAAAUUGUCGAUCUGAACGCCAGUAAUAUUAUGGCCGCCAGCUCGGAUAAUGCCAAAGCUUGGGCUGAGGAACUGCAGAAGAUAUUGUGCAAGGACACGGAAUAUGUCCUCGUGACGUAUCAACAACUGGUCGGUGUCUGUCUGUACCUAUUCAUACGGCCUGUGCACGCGCCGUAUCUACGAGAUGUGGCAGUGGACUGUGUGAAGACAGGAUUGGGAGGUGCUACCGGGAACAAAGGCGCUGCAGCGAUCAGAUGCGUGCUAUAUUCCACAUCCUUCUGUUUUGUAUGUGCGCAUUUCGCCGCUGGCCAAUCCCAGGUGAACGAACGUAACGCCGACUACGCCGAGAUUACAAGAAAGAUAACGUUUCCCAUGGGUAGAACUCUGAACACUCACGAUUACGUGUUUUGGUGCGGCGACUUCAAUUACAGAGUCGACAUGGACAAAGACGAGAUGAAGGAAUUGAUCAAGCAAAAUGAAUUUGAUCAGAUAUUACAAUACGAUCAAUUAAGGGUUCAACAAGAGCAGGGCAAUGUCUUCAAAAAUUUUUUGGAAGGGCCCAUCACUUUCGCUCCUACAUACAAAUAUGAUCUGUUUUCGGAUGAUUACGACACCAGCGAGAAGUGUCGUCAACCCGCGUGGACGGAUAGAGUUUUAUGGAAGCGCAGGAAGCAAGUACCUGAUAUCGAUUCACCUACAGAUUGGAAUCCAGGAAAGCUCGUUUAUUAUGGCAGAGCCGAGUUGAAACAGAGCGAUCAUCGACCAGUAAUUGCGAUGAUCGAUAUAGAUGUACACUGUGUCGAUUCUGAGAAACGCGAGCGCGUAUUUAAGGAAGUGAUACAAGAUCUGGGUCCACCCGAUGGCACAAUAAUAGUCAAGCCAAUGGAGGACGUUGAAGAUAUGGAUAACGUAUUCGAUAAUAAUCUCAUGUUUGCUCUAAUACAGGAUUUGUCCCAUAUCGGUGAAGCAAUCCUAGUCCGUUACGUCGGCGAGACUAUCUGGGUGACAUUCAGAGAUGGUCAGUGUGCCCUAGCCGCGGCAAAGAAGGGCAUGACACAAGUGUGCGGCCAAACGUUGAAGCUUUCAUUAAAAUCACCUGACUGGGUGCAGCUGAUCGAAAAAGAAAUCGAGAUUUGCAGUAAUACCACGGUCGCACAAUUCACGAAUUCACCAUUGAGAAGUCCCAUGCAACGAUUGGAACAAUUGGAGAUCGCCGAGCGACUUUCUCCCAGCAGGGGCAGCCCGAACGGUGUAAUUCCACCCCCGAGACCGGCGCCACCGGGUCGACCCUCUCAUCCACCGAAGAGUCCCGCUCACGAACGGAAACAGGUACCACGAGCGGGCGUCUUCAGUGUGGUUCCUAAUCAAUUUUCACGUCCGGUGACGCCUCCAGUCAUGAACGAGAUAGAGGAUGACCGUCAAGACGAGAGAUUGUCUCCGGAUUCGGCCAUCUAUGAGGAAAUACCUGAUGGAUCGCCCAGUUAUCCCGUACCAAAUCGACCGCCGCCACCGUUACCACGUAUGGAUGGUUCUCAGGAAACAUCGAGUAGACCACCGCCUAACUCGAUACCUCCUCCGUUGCCGCACAGACAAGCUCCGCCGCCUCCGCAGCAUCCACCGCCAAGUCUACCCCCGUCAAAUGCACCGCCACCCGUUCCAGCGAGAACCACCGGCGGACCGCCUAUUCCAGCCAGAAAUCCUCACUAAGAAACAUGACACAGAUAUCUUGUCAGGCCAGACUUCCAAUACAUUUAGCAUUAAUCUAGUACGUGUGAUUAUUUAUGAGAUUAAACGAUGAAACAAUUGUCGACGAAUCCUCACUUCUAAACUGAGUUCCGAAUUCGCGUAGUAUAGUUAGGAAUCCCAAAAUCUGUUCUGUGAUUACUCAAAGUAAUCGGUUGUCGUCACAAUUACAGACAGAGUCAGAAUUACAACUUAUUUCCAAUUUCUAAUCGAGCGUAAUUAAUUAUAGAUUUGUAUUUGUAGGUUGAUCUUGAGCUUACCGAGCUUACCACAUUUUGCGUUUUCAUAUUGAUGGUAAUAUAAUCUUAUUGAUCUAUCCUCGCGAUAAUGCGAAGGAUCAUUGUUUUUCUUCCGAAUGUUUAAAAUGGCACAAAUAGCUACUGUUUCGAAGAUUCAAUCGAUUUAUAAUUGUUAACGUGACACAGAUUUAAAAUGUAUAUUUAAAGUAUAUUGAAAUCGUUGUAAAAUUGGAUAUAUCACGAAUACGUUAGUAUAAUCAUCAGAGUUUAAAUCGUCAGGCGGGAUUUGCGGUAAUAAUAUUAUAGUUGUCACUUGUAUAUUAAUAAUUUAAGAUGUAAUUCUCAGUGUUAGAAUCACUUUUAAGAUUUAGGAGUCUUCACAGUAACUUAGUAGCAUAAGUCUACCAAAAACUAUAAUUAGACUCCGAUAAGCGAACUUAAUUUCAAAAUCAAUCGUGUGUAGCACGACGUGACUGAGGAAAAAGGAUAGAUUCAAAUAACAGUAUUUUCGCGGAUGUAAGGUAUCUUAUAAUUCUCCAUGAAUUUCCUUUUUCACACAUGGUGUGAAGGCGGCUAAUUUAAUUAAUUUAAUAUCAUUCUAUGUGUAAUUAUAUUUUAUUUCUCUUUUUUAAAGUUCCUAUAUUUUGCAUUCCAUCAAAAUUUCUAGAACGUCCGUCCCAACGGGUCCAACGCCCACCUACAUUUGUUUUUAAUCUUCUCAAUUUUUAUUCUCCAGAGAACACAGUGUAUCACGUUUGGUUAUGAUACAUUGAUGUCCUACGACUUAUAUGACUGUCACAUUAUUCAUGUAUCAACAACGAAUGUGUAUUAAACGAAGAAUAAAAUUAUUGCUCAUACACAGGCGUCAUAAGAAGCCUCAUAAGAGGAUACGUGUGGCGUGGCAAUCAAAAUGUUAAUUAUUAUUGUACAUAUUUUGUUUCGCCCUUCAUUUUUAUCACUUCCAGCUGUUACAUAAAGGUGGCUCUAAUCGCGGGAAAGUGGACGUACGCAUGUAAAUUAGUAUAACAAAGAUGGUAUAAGCCAAUAUAAGAGAAAAUUGUUCCGAUUCCGAUAUACACUUGUUAUUACAAUACAUGUACAAUGCGGGCUUUGUUCUGCACCUCGACAACACAUUUCCUCACGCUUGCGUGCUGAGUAAUUGAUACGCUUUAUCAAUUAGAUCAAUCCACACAUGUACAAGAUGUAAAACAUUGGACGUGUAUAUAUGUAUUAAGUGGUCUAAUAAAGAAAUCAAUCGGGAACGGAGAAAGCUCUUAAAAAAA